CAAUUAUAAACGACGGACGUGUUUCGGUUAUCAAACUAAACAAGUAUAUUUUUUAAAUUUAUAUUUAUUUCGUUAUUAUACUCUUAGGGAGACUCUCGGAGCGAUUAACAGUAAAUGUUUCUAUAAAUGUUCGCGUCCAAUAUUGAAGUGAAGUUCAAAUUAUAAGAAGUCUAUACUAAAUGAUGGUGACUUCAACCAGAAAGUGCUAAAAAUUUGGGAUUUGAAAUAAUCCUGGAAUAAAAAAAAAUUAAAACAAGUUUGUUCGAGAAAUAAUCAUUCCAUCGAGCUAUCUGUUCUAAGCCCUUAGCGCUUGGGGCUUACGAAAACAAAACGGCAACAAUUGUACAACUGUCAAGAAAAGAAAAAUUGUUAAUUCAAAAUCAUAUAAAGUAAUAUAGAUUUGUAACUGUUGAAAAUUGACAACAAAGGUUUAUUAAACUUUUGCACAAAAUUGUACAAGCUGACAGGCGGAUACCGUAAGAAAUAAUAAAAAGUAAAGCCUACUACCACAGUUAUAUAUAUUGGACAUCGCUUCAAAAAUUCUUCAAAAUCUCUUAAUAUUGGACAUUCUUAUUACAAUUGGACAUAGUGUGUUACACCUACACAAAAAUAUAUAUGCUGACUAGUUUGGAAGUUUUAAAAUUGAAAUGCUAUAUACAAUUUAUGCAGCGAUGAAAUAUUUUAACGCAAAGGAUUUGCACUACUAAUUACAGACGGACGUUAACCUGGUGAUAAGUAUUAGAAAGAAAAUAAAACUACCCUCAUAACGUUUGCAAAGCAUGAAGGGUUGGUUUGAUGCAUUUCGAGACGAUGGUGGACCCACACUUUAUUCUUUCUCAAAUCGUACACCCGUAACAGGAGAUGUAUCCAUAGUAGCCGUAUCUGUAUUAUUUGCGACAUUUUAUGUUGCCUUUUUAGUUAUAUUUCCAGGUGUAAGAAAACAGAAAUUCACAACAUUCUCUACCGUCACAUUAAGUCUUUUUGUGGGACUAGUCAUUUUAAUCACAAGACUUGGUUCAGCAUGGCAUGUUGCCCAUACAACAAUUAUAGCACCGUACAAAGCCUUCUCGCGUGAGAAAUUACCUGCGCGUAUAGGAACCCACAUUGGUUUGAUGCAUGUCAAUGUGACGUUGACGGCUAUACCCGUUGGCAACUGGACACCACCGGACAUCGAUUAUAAUGAACGUUUCACCUGGGAGGGUGCCACCGAUAUGAGUACCAAUUAUAGGGAGGCAUUGAAGCGUGGCCUACCGUUUCCUAUCUUAACGGUUGCUGAGUACUUCAGUCUUGGCCGUGAAGGUUUCUCAUGGGGCGGCCAAUAUCGUGCUGCUGGCUACUUUGCAAGUAUACUGCUCUGGGCAUCUCUGGCCUCGUGGCUGAUGAUGAAUUUGUUGCUUAUCGCUGUACCACGUUAUGGUGCAUAUAUGAAGGCCUUAACGGGUGCACUCUUGAUAAGUACCAAUAUUGGCUAUUAUUGCCAGUUGCCGAAAAGGCCACUAACCAUAUACAUGGAGGGUGGACGUUUGGAAUUUCAUCUGGGAUGGUGUUAUUGGUUGUUAUUGGUUGCAGGCAUUCUAUGUUUUGUUGCUGGCGUUCUUAUAUCCGUAAUCGAUUUAGUAUGGCCACACACCUUCUCCACCGUCUUGGAGGUUUACUAUGGCACGCCAUACGAUCGUCAUGUUAUACUGGAAGAGUCUAGUGACGUACGCUAUCGUAAGCGUACAAGUCGCAGUAUAGAAGACCCUCCUGGUUUGGGUUCACGCAUCUUGAGACGACUCUCUUCUAAGGCUCGAGAUAACUCAGCACCACAAGCACAUAGAGGCAGUACCAGCAGUGCGGUGGCUCAGCAUAUGGGAGGCAGUAGUGGUGCCAUUGUGGGAAGUAGUUCUCAUCAAGUGGCACAUGUGCAUCAUGGACAUCAUCAAAGUGGAGGUGUGGAAAAUAAAGCCUACCAAAGUGAUGUGCCAAAAAGCCCAUGGCGUUAUCCCUUCCGAAGGGCCCAACAAAUACAGGCGCAUCCAAUGCACAUGCAGCGUACAAUGUCCCAAGAUUCGGGCUCAUCUGUAGCAUCAGCGGCCAUACAAAUUUCGCCCCUCCACAAGCACGCUUUAUCGAGAAUGUUGCCAAAUCCUCCAAUCAACCGUAUUCGUGACAUGGAGCAUUGGUGACCAUUUCACUUUCAAUGACAAUUAAAAUCAGCCUUGUUUUUAUAAAGCAAAAUUAUUUCUUCAUUUGAAAAUUUCCCUCACUACGCUCAAAAACACUUUCUUUUUACUUCUAAUGACGAAAUUUUGUUCUUUUAUCGGACGUAACUUAUUUGUGAUAAAAAAAAAAAACUAAACUCUAUUGACAACUAAUUGCCAAUUGAUUUUUAUGGAUUAGAAAUAUGGACGUAAAUACACACACACACACAAAUCUUGACGCAAGGAUUAUUGUUCAUUAAGUUCUAUACCUUUUUGGUUAUUAUCAUUCUGUUUUACCAUUUUAGUUUAUAAUUUAAGUACAACUACCAAUGGCAGCCAUGUUGUUUCUAAGAUAGACGAAACUAAAUACCAACAUAAACCGAGGGAUGCAUAGAGAAGGAUGAUGCAGGAUAAAACUAAAAACAAAACAAUAUUUUAAGUGAUGAUAUCAUUGUGAUAGUCCCCCAAAACUUUAUAACAAGACAAACAUCUUUAUUUAAACUAACAUUAUUGUAAUUACAUUCAAAUAAAAAGAGGGCGUGAUGGGGGUGUAGGCAGAAAUGUUACUGGGCAUACAAAUUGUCCAUAAUAUUUAGUUUGGAUAUGUGAUAUUAAACAACAACAACAACACACACAGUCUUAUCUUCGUAUAAACAUAUCUGUGUCGUGUCUCGUGUCUACCUAUAGUUCUGUUUAAAAUCAUAUGAAUUUAUGACAAGUGACCAGAAUUUGGUUAAAUAUGCAGUGUUAUCCUCAUCUUAGCCACUCAUUGUUCUAUUAACAAUAUAAUUUUCAAAUACCUGCUAACCUAAGUGUUUGCACAAAAUAUUAUAUUCAUGUACACAAGUAAGCUUUAGCUCUUAAUUAGCCUGGAUUACAAUUAUAUUGGCCAAGUUUACUCACAAUUACUUACAAACCAAUUGGCUUAAAAUUCUUUAGAAUUUAUACACAACACCUAGUGAAAUUUUUAAAUUUGUGUUUACAAAAUUAUUUAUUUUUUCGACUUUUUAUUUUAUAUUAUAAGGUUUUAUUUUAUUUUACAUUUAUAUAUAAUUUGACAAGAUAUCAUUUAAUUUAUUUAUCAAAGAAAACAAACAAUUAAUCUUAAAGCAAGAAGCGAGCUGAGCGAAAAUAUUGCAUCGAAUCACGAAAUAUUAAAAAAAUUAUUUUCACAAAUAAGAUAUGUAAUCAUAUUGAAUAUAAUGCAACGAAAAAACAAGUAUAAAAUGAAUAAAAUUCUACAAAAUUGA